CCCGAGAUGCACCGCACGUUCUGGUGACAUCCACGCUGGGAUGAGGUGAAACGGUUGUUUUCGUCUUGCUGUUAUUAGCUGCCUGUGAAUUAAGGUAUAGCGGCUGUUAUAUCGGGAAUACCGCAGUGUCCCCGGCCUGUAGGGUACCCCCUUCCCUCUGGAGUUACUGCCAGACUGACGGUGUCACCCCCCGCUUCGUUUUCGGUGAGUUUAUCGCCAUGUUAUCAUCCGUUCCCACCAGGCUAAUUGCGCGAAGGUCGCGCAGCCUGUCGCCGUGCAGCCGCGUCCUCCAGACCAGCGCCACCGGGGCCGUGUGCCAGGGCGUCCGGGACACACCGCCGGAGACCAACCGCAACCCCAUCGUGUCCACCUCCCGGGUCUCCAGAAAGGGUAUUUUAGCUGAGGACACCAGUGGGACCAGUGUGAACCCGUCGGUGCAGUACCACCACCUCGCCCCUAGAUGGCUGUCCAACCUGGAGAACCGCCGCAGCUCUUGGGCAGCUCUGGCCAGCAGGGGGCGCAACAGUAACCAGUACUGGGAGGAGAGCCGAGGAGGAGGAGGAGGAGGAGGAGGAGAGGGCCGGGGGACGGGUGGAGGAGCCAGCCGGGCAGGAGUGGCCUCUGCCGGUGUGCUGUCUGCUGCAGCCGUGGCAUUCUGCCUGAAGAAAGAUACUGAUAACAAAGGUGAUGCUCUUCUGGAGGCAGCAAGGACCAACAACUCUCAAGAUGUGGCCAGGCUGUUAAAAGAGGGGGUCGACCCAAAUCACCGCCACCGCUUAGGUUGGACUGCUCUCAUGGUGGCCGCCAUGAACCGACAGCACAGCGUGGUGAAGGUUCUGCUCGAAGCCUGUGCCGCACCCCAAACGGGAGAUCACUUCAACAACGUUUACGACACCUCGCGGGAGAAAGAUCACUCACUGGAAGUUCUCGUGUCCAGAGAGGAUGAAUUCAGCAGCCGGCUCAGCAGCAGGGCCGGCUUUCGUGGCUGCACAGCGCUUCACUACGCCACGCUGGCUGAUGACCCAAGCACCGUCAGCAUGCUGCUUGAGGCUGGUGCCAACCCCCUGCAGACCAAUGGUUUGGGACACACAGCACGGGCCUACGCUAAGGAGGGAGACGUGAGCACAGUACUGCAGCAGUGGGAGGGCAAGUUUCUGGGAUGCCCGCUGCCCUCAGGUCAACUGGGUUCAGUUGGUCCUCCCUUUCCUUUCUCCCUCUCUCUGCACCCUGUAGCCAUCAGGAGGAAGGAGAAUGGUUGGUACGAUGAAGAGCAUCCCCUCGUAUUCCUCUUCCUCGGCUCAUCAGGAAUCGGGAAGACAGAGUUGGCCAAACAGGUGGCUCGUUACAUGCACAAGGACAUCAAAAAGGGUUUCAUCCGUAUGGACAUGUCCGAGUUCCAGGAGAAACACGAGGUGGCGAAGUUCAUUGGCUCCCCGCCGGGAUACGUGGGACAUGAGGAAGGAGGUCAGCUGACCAAGCUGUUGAAGGCGUGUCCCAACGCCGUUGUCCUGUUUGAUGAAGUAGACAAAGCCCACCCUGAUGUUCUCACCAUCAUGCUGCAGCUCUUUGAUGAGGGUCGCCUCACAGACGGUAAGGGGAAGACCAUCGAAUGUAAAGAUGCCAUGUUCAUCAUGACGUCUAAUGUUGCAAGUGAUGACAUUGCCCAGCAUGCACUGCAGCUUCGACAGGAAGCUGAGCAGGUCAGCCGCAGGAAGCUGGCGGAUAACCUUGAGGACGUACAGAAAAGUGGUGACGUCACAAUCUCCCGACAGUUUAAAGAAUCUGUGAUUCGACCGAUCCUGAAGGCUCAUUUCCGGAGGGACGAGUUUCUUGGUCGGAUCAAUGAAAUUGUAUACUUCCUGCCGUUCUGUCACUCAGAGCUGCUACAGCUGGUCAGCAAAGAGCUCAGCUUCUGGGCCAAGAAGGCUAAGCAGCGCCAUGACAUCACUCUUCAGUGGGAUAGCCCGGUUCUGGACCUGUUGGCGGGCGGGUACAACAUGCAUUACGGAGCGCGCUCCAUCAAACAUGAGGUUGAACGACGGGUCGUCAACCAGUUAGCUGCAGCGUACGAGCAGGAGCUGCUGCCCAAAGGCUGCAUCCUGCGUCUGUCUGUCCAAUCAGAGGACCAGGACGAGCGGAGCACGCCCAGUCUGCGCCUUGAGGUGGUCGGAGAGGACAGCUCAUCGAGAACGCUGGACAUCCGUCCACCGCUCAGCCCUGAACACUAACAAACAACACAAACACAGAUGAUCUAUCCAGAUAUGUAUGCACACAUGUACACUUUACACACACACAUCAGCAUCAUCAUCAUCAUCAUCAUUAGACAGUGUCAGGAGGACGGAUGGUUCUUGAUGGAUGUUACCAAUAAAAGUACCUCUGAUAAACAUCAUCACUGCCUCUCUGUUCCCUUCACACAUGCAGUAAUUUACAUGCCAACUUUCCCACAAUAUGCAGUACAGUAUCUGCCAACGUUUGUGCUCUAAAGCGGAAAUAAAAACCUUUAUGUUACAACAAACUUUGAGUUAGGACUGAUCUCAAGAGGUUAGGGAGUAAAUGUGUUCCAUAUGUGGUUGUAAAAGUAGCACAGAGGCUUCAGUGUGCCUGUGCAGCUUCAUCAUCAUCAAACAUCUCAUCUUCAGUCAGUUGAAGCCAUUGUGUUAGCUGAUAACAAGCUUAACUGCAUUAUGUUUGUGGUAGCAGCAACUUAGCUGUGACUUAGUGAUAAAUUAAUGUCUGUGUAGAACAAUAUAUUGUGUAGAACACUGAAAACAGCCAAAAUAUUUAAUAUUUAUUGUUUAUUAAGAUAUAUGUAAGUUAAGUUCAUGGCGAUUAAUAGUGUUAUGUUGAAAGGAUCAACGGCAGUUUGGGGGGGAAACAAACGGAUAUUGAUCGGAGGAUGUUAACUUGUAGCAAAACUCCAGGUAGUUUGAUUUAAAAAUGACAAAUGUUUUGCCAAAGUUGGAUGAAUAAGAGCCGCUUACAGGGGAAGAGGAAGGUUUAAUGACCAAAGAUAGUUUGCCUCAGAUGGUUGUUUGUUCACUUUAACGCACAUUCUGGAGAAAUCCUCACCAGCAGAGCUUCACUGAUAAAUGUUCGUAAACACAACCUGCUUAUUAAUUUCAAUUUAGUAAAGAAUGUGUUAGUGGAGAAAACACCAAGCAGAAAUGUACAGCAGUCCAUUUGAAUGAUGGGUAAUAUAACUGCCUUUGUGAAUUGUUUCUGUUGAUGCAUGUUAAUGUAAAGACGUCUCGUCCGUCACCACCAGUGCUCUGCUGGUACAGUGUGUGUGUCUCACAUUAAGAGUCAUAAAGAAAUAAUAUUCACAGUGUUGUUUCAUAAAUGUUUGAACAGCAUGUUGACAAGGCUCCAAAUGUAACCCAGCGACAUUUUUCAUUCUUGUAUCCCAACCUCCGCCGUGUAAAUAAAGUCAUCACAACAAAAAA